AUGUAUAAGAUCUUCACCAAAGUGCGCAUAACUUUCAGUGAUAUCAGCAGCUCUCCAUUCCAUCAUCACAACUAUCGUCUAGAUUAUUGUAUGCUCAAAAAGAUCGUGGUUUUGGGUCCGAGGAGCAUCUAUCCAUCCAAUCCUCCAUCUCGCUUCGGCCACAAAUCUUGCAAGUGA